AUGAAGCCCGCCACCGUCGUUUCACAAGGUCGACUUAGAGGGAAGAACAUCAAAAAUAUGGCGACUGAACAGCAUCGGCAACGUCCCAUCUAUGACAGCGAUGAGAACGAGGACCAUGAUUCGACGACUUUAAUCCGCUGGAACAACUUCGACUUUUGCGGAUUUAGUUUAAAGAUCGCUCGAAUGAUGGAUCCAAGAUUGGGCAUUUCCUCGUAUAUUUGGGACGCUGGCAUUUCUCUGUGUCAGUAUUUUGAGAAAGAAGACGUCACUUUCACUGGGAAGAAAGUCAUUGAGCUGGGAUCUGGCACGGGAAUCGUGGGGAUAUUGGCAGCUCUGCUGGGUGGACAUGUUACCAUUACAGACAAACCGGAUACCUUGAAGCAAAUAAACAGCAAUAUUUCAAUCAACGUCCCUUUUGCAUGCAGACAUCGUUUAAAAGUUCGCCCGCUGACUUGGGGAGAAGAUCAGACUAAAUUCCCCACCGACUAUGAUUUUAUUCUGGGCUCCGACAUUGUCUACAGCUCAGUUUGUUAUCCCGCGCUUUUAGAAACACUGCGUUACCUCUGCAACCAAGGGACCACGAUUUACCUUUCCUCUGAACUCCGAACCGGGAAUGGGUCCAUCCCUUUCCAUGAUGUGAUCCUGCCUGACUACUUUAACUGCGAGGUCGUUACCAGAUUAGAACCUAAAUGCAUAGCUGUGUACAAGUUGACUAAAAUUGGUACAGGGCACGUUAGGAGGGUAUGCGGGCCCCUAUCUCUUCUUGCUCCGAAGAAAAAGAAAGAAAAUCCGCAGAGUUAUCCAUCUGGCGGCUUUGAGCGGGUGAUGCCUGGAUCUCGAGGGCCCCCUUUCGGCCGCUUUUGA